UAGCUUCAGUUUAGAGGCCUUGAUAUAAAAAUCAUGGACCUUGUCAGUUCAUACUUGCUGACACUGAGACUUCCUAGUGAUAAGCAAAAUGGCUUUUCACUCUGUAUUUCUUAUUUUCUUAGCUGGCCUGGCAUUUUUCUCUGAAGCUGCGCCACAGGACUCUUCUGAUUCCAAGCAUCCUCUUGUUGUAAAAAUUCUGGAUUCAGUCCGAGGAAGUCCAGCUCCAAAUGUUCCAGUUAAAUUAUAUAAAGCAGCUGCAGAUGGAUCUUGGGAACUGUUAAAUUCAAAACAAACCAAUGAAAAUGGAGAGCUCCGAGAGCUCACAACUAAAGAACAAUUUGUAACAGGGAUAUACAAGAUUGAGCUUGAUACAGCCUCUUACUGGAAGAAACUGGGCUUGAACCCCUUCCAUCAACAUGCUGAUGUGGUGUUCACAGCUAAUGAUGCUGGUUAUCGACAUUACUCCAUUGCUACUCUCCUCAGUCCCUUUUCUUACUCAACUACAGCAGUAGUUAGUGAGCCAGUGGAAUAGAAACAGAUAUUAAGCAUGAAAAUUUAGAUAUGUAAAUUAAAUUUUCCAUAAACGGUAAGAGUAAAAACAUAGUUUCUGACCGUAGUAACAAUUUUAGAAUUUGCAUAGCACCUUUCAUACUAAACCACUAACAAUAACUGUCAAGUUGUUUAUUCCCUUUGUUAAAUUUAGGAAGAUAUAUUGACUUUGUUUUCAAUAACUCUGCUGAAUAAAACUAUUCAGAGAAACACAUAAAGUUUAGAAAAAAACAUAUUGAUUGAAGUCUUCCAUGAAGUUAAUAAACUACAUUCCUUGCCAACAAAGUGAACAAAACACACUAGAAAGAUGUCUCAUGGUAAUUAAGUGCACAGGAAAUGCAAACCACCACCUGCCAUUAUCUAUGUAUUUCUGAAGCCCGCAAUGGAUGAAGUCACAUGGAACUCAAUGUCCCACAUAUUAAUCAAAUAAUCUCAUCUCCCAAUUCUGCUUUUGAAAAUAUGAAAGCAGAAGCAGCAUUUGAGUGACAGCAGGGAAGAAUAGCACAUAAGAAUGCUAUGUGUACUUAAAAAGUCUCCUUUCCUACUUCUAAAUAUAGUAUAACUAGUAAAACUUCCAAGAACAGUCCGUAUCCAGCAUGCAGAAGUGUAUCUUUCAAACAUACUUGAAGAUAUUUGUGUGUUCUCAUAAAACUCAAAGUUCUGCAAAUAACUUUGUCCUCAGUUUAAGUUUUCCUCCCAAAAGACUUGCAUACCUCUAACUUUCAGACACUUUUCUUAUAACUGUAAGAUAAAAAAGAAAAGGUAUGAAUGAAAAUCGCUGGUUCCAGAGAAAAUCGGGUCUCUAUUUAAUGCCAAGAGAAAUAUUGAUGAAUCCUAUUUCACAUUCUUGUAAUCCAUAUAUAAGGAAAAUUACUCCUAUACAAGAGAAAAGUCAUUACGAAAUUGAACAAAAUAGCAAUGCUUUCUUGGAAAAGUAUGUAAAAAUGCUGAGUCAUUUAGCCCAGGAAAACAAAAACAAAAUCUGAAAGCUUAUGAAUACCAAUAAAGGGAAAACAAUUGGUUA